AGAGGAGGCUAUCGACUUGCCUCUCUGAGAGAGUAUAUGCAGUACAUAUUUAGUCCUGGCAUUCUGCUAUCUUCGAACCCUUGAACCGAGGCAGACUCACCGCUUCCCCUCUAACCUGUCUCCGUGCGGCUUCAUAUCAUUUCGCCCACAUACAUCCCAUUUAUGGUCAAGAGGGUCAAUUGAAAAUGUCCUCAUCCGGGCUUGAUAUCUCGCAGCUGUCCGACAGCGAGCGGACCAGUCUGGAAACCUAUAUUGCAGUGACCGGCCAGGAGCCUCUGGAGGCUAUUCCUUUGUUACGGAGGUCGGAAUGGAACGUGCAGAUUGCCAUCUCGAAAUUCUUUGACGGAGAAGGUCCAGACCCGGUUGAAGAAGCUCGCGCCGCCUUAAAUACCCCUCCCCCAAGGCCCACUCGACAGACGCAGAAUUUAUUGAGUGAUGACCUACACGCGCAAUUCUCUCCAGCUACUCGCUCGGCCGAACCUGCUCCCCGGAUAGUCACCCAAUCCGAGGAGCAGCCGGUCUAUCGCCCACCUUUCAUUCUAGCGCUCUUGUUCACCCCGCUCAAUCUUCUCUACAGAUUGCUGUACAGCUCGUUUCGCCUGUUCGGCUCUCUGUUUCCCUUCCUGCCUCGGUUCUUCAACACCACAGCUAGUCCUGCUCUACAUGGCGCACGCCGGAAUACCAAUGGACGACGGCCGUUGGGACCCAAAGAUACCGCUGCCCGGUUCAUUCGGGAGUUCGAGGAAGAGUACGGCACCAACUCUAUUCGCUUCCUAGAAAAUGGGUACAAUAUGGCGCUGGAAAAAGCGCACCGGGAUCUGAAAAUCCUCCUGGUCGUGCUAAUUGCACCCGAGCACGACGACACGCACGGCUGGGUCCGCGACACCCUGCUCUCGCGCGAGGUCACCGAUUUGGUCCAGGACCCGCAGAAUGAGAUUCUAGUGUGGGGAGGAAACAUCCAAGAUGCGGAGGCAUACCAGGUUGCAAACUCGCUACGCUGUACCAAGUUCCCCUUCGCGGCUGCGGUCGUCCAUACGCCCAAUGUUUCCUCGACUGCGAUGUCUGUCGUCGCCCGCAUCCCAGGCACCACGUCUCCCUCCGACUUUGUGGAAAAGCUUCGGACGGCGAUCACUCAGAACAAAGAACCUCUGGAGCGCAUUCGAGCCACACGGGCAGAACAGCAGGCGUCGCGCAGUCUACGCGAGCAGCAGGACUCCGCCUACGAGCGCUCGUUGGCCAUUGACCGCGAACGGGCGCGGCAGAGACGCGAGGCGGAGGCAGCCCAACAACGGGCGGAGCAGGAGGCGGCGGAACGACAAGCGGCAGAGGAGAAGCGGAUCCAAGAUAUCCAGCAGUGGAGACAAUGGCGAGCACAGUCGAUCGCUGCGGAACCCGGUGCGGAUGCCAAGGAUGCGGUGCGCAUCAGUGUCAGGUUGCCGUCGGGCGAACGCGUCAUUCGGAAAUUCGCGCCUGAUGCGAGCAUCGAUGAGCUGUACGCCUUUGUCGAAUGCUAUGACUUACUGAAAGAGCCCCAUGAGGGCACUGUGGCGGUCGCCAAACCAGAGGGGUUCGACCACCAGUACGGAUUUCGACUGGUUUCACCUAUGCCGCGGGUAGUCUAUGAAGUGGGUGCCGGGGGUUCCAUCCGAGAUCAGAUCGGCCGCGGUGGAAACCUUCUGGUUGAACCCAUCGAUGACGAAAGUGACCAGGAGGAUGGGGAUGAGGAGGACUCGUGAGCACCAUGUACAUGUACGAGUAUCGAGUAUUGAUUUAUUGACGUGACUAUGUAUGGUACCCGACGUGACUGGCCUCAGAAUGAAUCAUUAUAGACCACGCUUGCUUUAUCAGAGACAUUUCGCGGUGAAGCCGUAAGCAUU